AUGGCUUUAGGCGGAUGUUCGAGCGGUUUGCUUGUAACCGCACUGCUGGCCCUGGUUCUAUUGCCGGCUCAAUAUUAUGUGCCCGAAUAUUACUUGGGAGUGGAUGUUCCAUUGCCGAUCGAGAAAGUGGCGCCCCCUAACGGUUUCAUCGUCUGGUUGGAUAAAGCGUUUGUACAUUUUCCGCCCUUGGAUCUUUUCUUUACGUUAUCCCUGUUGAUUUUGGCUAUUGUCACUUAUCUGUACGAGUGGAUACAAAGGAAACUUAUGGAGAGGAGGAUUGCAAAGUUAAACAAUUACCUGGUUGCCAGCGUGGAGCGGCUCCGGGUCUGGGACGCGCAACAGGAACAGUUGGAGACCACUUUGAAGAUGGUACAGAAUGCCACGUCCGAAUACAAUCUACUUUUAUAUUUGUUGUUGCGUCAGCAUCGGUGUCUCGCCACCGGCAACAACGGGCCGCCUUUCAACUGCUUCUUCGACAAAACAGUUGAUGAUGACCUUAGUUUUUUGAGAAAUCCUAUUGAAACGUGA